UUAAGAAGCGCCGGGGCUUUUCCUCAUUUUCCUCAGAAUUUCUGGUUUUUGCAAAACAAUUCCAAGAAAACAAUGGCAAGCUUCUCUUUAUGGGCAACUUUUGGAUUAUGUUUGCUGAAAGUCUGUUUAACAGAAACACAAUUCAAUAUAAGUUGCAGAUAUGGAGGAGUUUUUCAUGUUGAGAAAAAUGGUCGCUACAGCCUCACACGAUCUGAAGCAGUAGAACUCUGCAAAGCUCUCAAUAGUACCCUGUCAACAUUAGAGCAGCUGAAGAAAGCUCAUGAACUUGGAUUUGAAACUUGCAGGUAUGGUUUUGUAGUGGGAAAUAUUGUUAUCCCACGAAUCAAUCCCUAUCAUCUUUGUGCAGCAAAUCACACUGGCAUUUACAAACUUUCAGCAAAUACAACUGGUCGGUAUGAUGCAUACUGUUACAAUGCGACAGAAACAAGGGACAAAGCAUGUGAGCCAAUUGAAAGACUAGAUACUUCUUUCCUCAGUAAUCAGGGUGAAAUAGUCAUUGAUAAUGCAGAUGGCUCACAUUUUAACUCAGAUGGCACACGUCAUAGUGGAGACUUGUCAACCUCAAGUGCAGAUGAUGAAAAUGUAGGUAGUGGAUCAAUGCAUGACACAACUCCCAUGGAUCCCUUCAUCAGGAGAUCCAGCCCCUCAUAUUAUGGAAGUGCUACACCAGUCUCACAGCUGCCAGAUCAUUCUUCGGGAGGAGAUGAAAAAGAAAUUCCUAUAAAAGAUUCUGAUAAUGAAAUUUCUCCUGUCUCACCUGACAACUCUUUGGUGACGGCAGCUGAUGAUUCCCCUGAAGAAGAUGAAAUCCACCACCCAAGCUCAACAAGAUUAUCAUCCAGUGUAUAUGGUAAUCAAAGACCACACAAGGGACCUUAUGAAUCCACUACUUUAUUUGGAGAGAUGACAACAACAAAAAUGGAUUCACAACCAAGGUCAGCCCCGGUACCAGAAUGGCUUAUUAUAGUUGCUGCUCUUCUGGCACUUGCAUUGAUUCUUGCAGUGUGCAUUGCUGUUAACAGCCGGAGAAGAUGUGGGCAGAAGAAAAAGCUAGUGAUUAACAAUGGCAAAGGGGCAGUGGAAGACAGGAAGAUAAGUGGGUUAAAUGGAGAUGCAAGCAAAUCUCAAGAAAUGGUGCACUUGGUUCAUAAAGAGCAGUCAAAUGACCAAGCAGGAGCAUGUGAUGAAUUCCUGACCAUUAAUGAAACACAAAAUCAUCAGGAGCUUGAUACGAAGAGUGGAGUGUAA